GGGCCGCGCGACAUUUGAAGGGGCGCGCGCGCGCGGGGCGCUGGCGAUCAGUCGUAGCCGGAGCCCGGGAGCGGGGAAAGGAGAAGCGGCAGCGGGAGGAAGAAGCGUAAACUAACUCGCAAACUGCAUGGACUGGUAGGAAUUGGCACCUGCAGGUAAGAAAAUAGUGUCAGAAACAUGGCACAAUUUGGUAAAGUCAUAGUUAUCAAACGUACUGGAGCAGAUGGAUGCAACUUUCCUUUGACAUCAUCUUCAUGUUUGUUUGGAAGGAAAACAGACUGUGACAUACGUAUCCAGUUGCCUCAUGUUUCGAAAGAGCAUUGUAAGCUCGAAGUGAAUGAAAAUAAUGAGGUUAUUUUAAUUAAUUUGAGUGAAGUGAAUCAGACAUUGUUAAAUGGUGAACCUAUACAUCAUUCUGAACGUCUAAAACACCGUGAUACAUUCACAGUUAUUGAUCGCUCUUUCAGAUUUGAGUACCCGUUGGAAUCAGUGCACAACACGAGCCCAAGGAAAAAACGGAAUUCAUCAACCUUGAAGAAUGAAACUCUACAAGUUCUUCAUGUUCAGCAGGAAAUAGAUGACGAUUCACAAUCUUCUGUUAAAAGUCAAUCAUCCUCGAGUGGACAUAAAUCUGAUAAGAUAGUGGAUAAAGGCUUCAAAGUACGAACAAAACCUUCAAAGAGUACACCAAAUGGAUCAGAAGAUCCUACUCUACAGAGUCAGCACAGAAGAAACUCCACAAAGAUACGUAACGAUGGGAAAGCAACGCAUGUUGAAAGUUUAUCACCUUUCUCCAAACUAUAUGAAAUGGUCAAAGAGGAGGCCACAAAACCAAUUCAGACUAAACCAAACAAAGCUGAUAUGUCUGCAUCAAUUGACAAAAGCAAUACUGACUUGAAAAGAGAAGCAAGUAUUCCAGCAAAAGAAUCCAAUGUCACAAUUUCUCAAAAUGGUAAAAAUUCUCGCACAUCAGAAAGUGAAAGAACAUGGAGGACGAGCAAGAUUAAUUUUGAAGAUGGAAUGAUGGCAACAAGUGGUGAAAAUAAAGAGAAGAGGGAACAGAAUCCUCAGCUAAUUCAAGAUAUUGCAAAUGCAGACUUUUCCAUUCUCCAAACGAACACACUGGAAAUAAUCAAAUUAACAGAAGAAACAUUUUCUAAAGCAAAGGAUAAAUCAAUAACACCUUUAUCUAAGGGUGCAAACGGGAAAGAGCAAAAUAAUGAUCAGACAGCUAAAGGUACUCCAAAAGAAAAACGCAAGAAACAAUCUAUCAAUUGUGAAUCAUUAAGUUUGGAUGCAGCUCCAAAGAAAAUUGAGGAGAACCUUGAACCAUCGGUGAACAUGGGACAAAAUUUAGUUGUGAAACAUGAAUCAUUUGAAACAGAACACACAUCUGGUAACAAUAAGAAGAGAAAAGAUGAAUCUCCAAAAAUGUUUGUCCAAAAGUUGUUGCAUGGUAAAAACAGGGAUGAAGUAGAUAUUGAAGCAGAGCAAUUUGAAACAACAACGUUUUCUGAACCUUCUGUUGCAAAAUCUGUGGUGGAAAAUUUGGUUGGCAAAAAAUGUACGCCAACUAGGAAAAAGGAGGAAAGAUUUGACACACCCAAAAGACGAAGCAGAUCAUCAUUACAUAAUAAAAAUGUGGAUGGUGAAGAUAUUCAUUUAGAGAAAGUUGAAUCGACAAAUAUUUUGGAAUCUUCAGUUGCAGAAUCAGACAAUGAAAAUACUGCAGUCAAUAAGUCCGUUAAAGUAGGCCAGGAGAAUAUUGACACUCCAAAAAGACGAAGCCGAUCAAUACGAAAUAUAGAUGUGGAUCGUGCUUAUAUUGAUUCCGAGCCAGUUGCAUUUACAAAUGUUUUGAAAUCUUCAUUUGCAAAAUCGGACAUGGAACAUGAUACUGUGAAGUUAGAACUCACGCCGAUGAAAAUAGGUGAGGAAAAGGUUGCCACCCCGAAAAGACAAAAACUAAAAUUGUUGCGCAAUAAAAAUGUGGAUUGUCGAGAUAUGGAGUCAGAGCAAGUUGAAUCUACAAAUGUCUUGGAAAUUUCACUUGCGAAACUGAACACAGAACCUGAUGCAGUUAAUUUAGGACUCGUACCAAUGAAAAAAAGUAAGGAAAAGGUUGACUCCCCCAAAAGAAGAAGCCGAUCAUUGCGUAGUAAAAAUGGGGAUGGUGCACAUAUGGAGUCAGAGCAGGUUGAAUCUGCAAAUGUUUUGGGAUCUUGCAUUGUAAAAUCUGGCAUGGAAAAUGAAACAGUCAGCAAGGGACUCAUGCCAGCUAAGAUAGCUGAGACAAAAGUUCACACCCCCAAAAGGCAAAGCCAAUCAUCAUUACUUACAAAUGUGAAUGAUGCAGAUUUUGAUUCAGAGGAAGUUAAAUGCACAGAUAUUAUGGAUUCUUCAACUAAAAAAUCACAGAAGAUAAAUAAAUCUGUUGAUGAGGGGCACUUCACAGCUAAUAUAGAUGAAGAAAAGGUUAACACGGAUGAAAGAAGAUCAUCAUUACGCAACAGCUGUGUGCAAACUGAGAUUACAACUGCAAAGUCAAAAGUGGACAAUAAUUUUCUUGAUGAGUGUCAGGCAACAGUUAAAAUCAAUGAGGAAAUGGUAGAUACCCCCAAAAGACGAGGCAGAUCAGUACAUUAUAAGAAUGUAGAAGCUGCAGAUAUUUGUUCAGAGCAAACUAAAUUUACAAAUGUUUUGGAGUCUUCAGCUACAAAAUCCAAAAGAGGUAGAACAUCAUUGCGUGACAGAAAUUUGGAAACACUAGAUGUUCAAGCAGUGCAGGCUGUAACAGCAGAGUUGUUGGAAUCUUCAAUUGCUGGAAAAUCUGAGCUUGAGGAUAAAUUGUCAGAAAUGCAGCAUGUUGACCUCCCAAAAAUUCAAGAUAAAUCGUCGCCAUGUAAGGAAAAUGGGCAAACUCUUUUAAAAAGCAAAUCGCCUGUGUUGAGAGAUGGUGCCUCUCUCUGUUCAACAUUUCAGCGAAGCAAAAGCUGGGAAAGUAAUGUGAUUGAAUACCUGACGGAAGCAGAAAGUUUGAAGCGAAAAGAUUGGACAUCUAAAAGUCCACAAAGAGACCUCAAUGAGCAAACUGGGAAAGGUUCCCCAAGCUCAUCCAAAAAGCGCAGAAGUGAAAAUGAAACAACUUGUGGUCCAGUAUUAAAGAGAAAGAGAGUCUCUUUUGGUGAAAACUUAAGCCCAGAAGUAUUUGACAAGCGUAUGCCACCAUGCUCUCCUCUGCGAAAGGGAGGCACUCCGACUCGAGUGAGCACACCAUUUAGUCGUGCAUUGCUGAAACGUGCAUCCAGUAUAGGGACACGUGCCUUUGCAAUUCAGGAAUGCAGUGAACAAAAUGAAAAUAAUACAACUUCCCCAAUGUCAAAUAUUGAUUCAACAAGAGUUUCUCCAAGGAAAAACAAAAUGUCCCCUAACAAGGUGUCUCGAUCAACAACAAGAAUAAAAUCAACUAUCAAAAGGUCACCUUCAGCCAAGAUAUCCUCAUUAAUUACUGAGCAAUCAUCUAAUGUCAAGAAUUCUUCAGGAAAAAUGUCCUCCCCGUCUUCUGUCAAAAGUUCACCAGGUUCAGGAACUCGUUCACAAAAGAAGCUUUCUUCUUCAGAUACUAUGUUGUCCAGCGGAGUGUCCUAUCCAAUCACUGCUGGCUUGUUUGGUUCUCCACAGCUGAAGGGACGCUUCUCCAUUUCUCUUGUUGCUGCACCUCCCAGCUUAACUAGAUCUGCAAAGUCUCUCGGUCUGGCACAGUUGGAUCAAUCUCAACAGAAACCAAGUUCUGGGGGGAAAAAAUCCAGGAAAAGCACAAGGAGAAGUGUUUCACUUCUUGCAGGAAUACAAUCUAGGAGGCAGAGUGGAGCGUCAUUUGGGAACUUGUUGGUGAAAAAGUCAUGGGCGCAGGUGGUAAAGGAAGGAGUAGCAAGACCUCAGUUGCGGAAUGUUGCAAAGAAACCUGCUGUAAAGCGAAAACGGGCCAAGAAUGUCAUCUCGAAAGUGACACCUGCUCGUUUAGUGAAAGAACAUUUUAGUACUGGGCAUGCUGCUUCACCAGUAACAAUAGUCAUUGGCAAAUCACAAGCUACUAAUACUAAACCAACUGGACAUGCUCCAUGGCCAACAAGAACUGUUUCAUCGAGGCGGAAAGUUAAGGAAAUGGAUGAAAGCUUUACAGGUGUGGCUGAACUGUUCAGUACUCCCGUAACUUUAAAUGAGAGAGCAAAUCCAUUAUUAAAGGCCUCGAACAUUGUUGAUGCUCAAACGGCUUCAGCCGUUCCAAUAUUUCAGAAAACACUUGAAAACUCUGCUACCAAAACACCCAAGGAAGCUGGUGUAAAGAGUGACACACCACUAACAGUCUCUGUUGCAAGACGCAAAGCAGUUUUGCGUCUGCUAAAAUGCCGAGCUGAUUUAUCUUGUAGUUCAAACAGUCCUUGUGAAACCACAUUCAAGGUAACUGAAAUGCAUAGCGACGCAGAAAGCAAUGGAGACCCUCAAAGAACCAUGAAGACACCUAGUGCGAAAGGGCAGGCCUUGGAAGACAUUGCUGGUGUGAGCAAAAUCGUUAAGACACCUAGAAUGAAAGGGCAAUCUGUGGAAGAUUUGGUUGGUGUGAAAAGAAUCAUGAAGACACCUAGAGUGAAACUGCGACCUGUGGAAGACAUGGUUGGUGUGAAAAGAAUCAUGAAGACACCCAGAGCUAAAGUGAAUCAAAUAGAACAUUUUGUUGGGAUACACAAGCUGUUGGCUGAAUCUAAACAAAAACCAAAGAGUCCUGAGAUCAAUUAUGUUGGAAUUAAGAACAUAUUUUGUGCAGAAAAAGAAAUGGAAAACUGUGACUAUAGUGGUUUGAGUGAAAUGUUUUCAACUCCCGUAAACACUGAAAGAAUUUCUGAUUCCAUGCUGCAAAUCUGUUUGAGUCCAAAUAAACCUUCAUUCACUGAGAUGAUAUGUGAUGAUGGAGAGACAACUGAAACAUCAGAAGAUAAUAUCAUCCAAAUUGUGGAAACGCAAAAUGAAGUAUCUAGAAAAGAAACUUCUUCAAGCGGAACACCAAGAGCUCGGGUGACAAGGACAAGUGGCGUUCGAGCCAAAAGUAUACCUUCACCUUAUCAAGAAGAGUGUAUACAAGGAUCCCUUCAAGUUGAAACUUCACAAACAUUUGCAGACAAUGGCCUUAUUGAUUUUCCACAGACGGAAAUAACCGAAUGUAAAGAUGAACAGUCUUUAAUAAGCACCCAAGUUUCACCAGCAAAUAAAUCAUUAAAAGAAAGUAAAAUAAAAGUCACAGGUGGCAAAGAAUCAAUAAAAAAUACACCAGCCAAGAAUGGUACUGAGGAAGUAAGUGAAAUGAACUUAACAAAGACGUCUUUAGAGAAGAAAAUCCCAGAUGUUGAUUCAAAAAUAUUAUUUAUGCCAAGCAAAACUACACCAGGCAAGAAACUAUCUUCCUGCAAGCAAACUGGGGAAGUAAUUAUGUUCAAUGCACAGAAAGGGAGAUCACCAAAAGAAAAUUAUGUCAUUCCAAAUGUUCCCAAUGUUGAAAUGGAAGUGCCUGAAUCGACAACAAUGAGCCCCAUAAUGAGCAAGAAUGGAUCGCCAGAUAAAAAAAUCAAGGAAAUGGACAAUCUAGAUUCCCCAGUAACCAAAUCAUUGCAAGGGAGGAAGAAUGCCAAAGAAUUAUUUACAGCUGGUAAAAUCACACCAACCCUGCAGUGUCAAGAUGGUAAAAAUCAUGAAAUAAAAGAACAGGCUUCACCAGAAAGAAAAUCAUUAAAAGACAAUGAAAUGAAACGUGAUCAAGGUGUUGAAAUAAGAAGUCCAACUACUUUGGCUACAAGCGAGGGACAGAUUUUAAUGGCUGAAAUUGAAGAGGUGAUGCCCUUACCUCCAAGAAAGAGACCACAAAGGAAUAAAACAACAAAAAAUUACAAAGCUACUGGAGUAGAAGAAGCUACUUCUGUUGCAAAGGCCUCACAAAGUAAGAAGGGAGCACAGUUCGGACAUGUUGAUGAGCUAGUUAACUCUCCUUUGGAAAAGUUAGCACAAAAGAAAGAUGUUGAAACUGAAGUUAUGAACAAUAAACAAUUGACAAAAACAUCCAUCGAAGUUGCAGAAGUUAUAGAUCUUACAGUUAAAGAUGUAAACGCACCCAUUGCAAUAGGAAGACCACGACGCAAAAAGAAUAUCAAUACUGAAGAAAUGGAGAUACAGAAAUCACCUAAAAUAACAAACACGAGGAAAAAGGCAGCUUGCUGCACACGAGUUGAAGUAACGGAAUCCAAUAGUUUGCAAAUUAGUGCAACAAAUCAGGAAAAAAGUAGCAAAGCAAUAUCUCUCCCUCAGGGCUCUGUGACAGAGGAAGCAAAGUCUGAAAAUGUGGAAGUACCUAAAAUGAUAAACUUGGCUGGCUCCACAUUUAGAUCAACAAGACAAAAGAGAGUCUUUGAAGAAUUGCUUUCAGAAGAUUUUAAACAGGAAUCUGCUCCAGUAAAGAGAUUGCGAAGAAAGGAAGUACCGGAUGAAACUCUAACAAGGAAAAUGAUUUCUAAUCUGACAUCUUCCAAAGUACCAGACUGUGCAGUAGAGACAUCACAAGGGAUGUCCAAUGGAAGAGAGGUAUCUAAACGAUCAUGUAGAAGAAAGAAUAUCGUUAUUGAUGUAAACAAAUUCCAUGAAUCUGGUGAACAGCCAAACGAGAGCUCAAAACUAAAAGAAACCAAUGUGUGUCUUAAAUCACAGUUGAUAAAAAAAGAGAAAAGCAAUGGUGAAGAAAUGAGAAGGGAUGAAAUGGAGACUAAACUGCAUACGGCUGCGCUGAAAGAAUCACCGUCACCAAUAAAAAGAUUGCUGAGAAAGAAGGUUGGACAGAAAAUAACUCAAAAUGACGAAGAAAAUGUAAAAGAAUUACCUUGUACAAGAAAGUUGAGAAGAAACGUAAUGGAGCAGAAGUUAAAGGCAGCUAAAGGACCAUGUGUUCCAGUAGAGAUGCAUUCUGGCAGACAACAAAAACAUGUGUUGAUUGAAGAGGAAAGUGUGCCAUCAUCAAGGACAAGGGGAAGAGGCAAGCAAGCAAAGAAAUUGCUGACUAAAAUCGAGGAACAAACUGACCAGCAGCUAACUGUGAGCAUAGCUGAUGUACAGUUGGAUACUACAAAUAAAAAUGAACCAGCCAAUGAAAAGGUCAAAGCUAAAGGUCGUCAGCGAGGAAAGAAUUUAGCUAAAGAAACUCCUGUUUGUUUGUCUGAUAUUGAAGGUGAUUCUGUCAGAGAACGGAAAGCCCAUUUGAAUGUCACUUUUGAUUGCAGCAAGGUGGUCAAUAAUUCAGAUGAGAUUGAAGCUGUCCGACCGACUAGAUUCUCGAGUAAAGGCAGAGUUGGUAAGACAGUUGCAGCUGUAUCAGAAGUAACAACUGACACCAAAAAAACAGAUUCAAUAUUAUUUCCUGUAAAUAAAGAAAAUGCUCGGCCAAAGAGAAACGCGAAGAAAGGAAACUCUAAAAAAGAUAUCACAACAGAACUGGAAGUGCCAUGUUUUGUUCCAAUUAUUGAAGAGGAAAUUGUAGAAGGAUCGAAUGUCUCCAAUGGAACUUCAAAAGAAUUUCUUCAGGUUGCGGAUGGCCAGAUAACAGAAUUGGUUAAUGGAAAGCCGCCUGGGGUGACUAUUGUUAAACGUAGUAAAAGAAAAAUUGUGAAGGAAGUUGCAAAGGAAGGGCUAGAAAUCAGCAAAACGGUUGAUCCCGUUGAGAUUCCCGGAAAGAGCGGUCGUGGAAUGAUUAAUAAAAACACUUCAGCUGAAAUCAAUCAAGAGUUAAUAAUAGGUCCAACUGAAAAUAAGCAGUUGGAGAGUUCAGUUAACAAAGUUGAAAAGAGAGCCAAGAGAGGGCAAAACUAUAUCAAAGAAACUGCUGUGCUUUCAGCUGCUCCUGCAGGAAAAAAUCAAGUAAUAAAUAAAAGGGGAAGAACUAAUCUUCAGGGCCAAACAGAUAAUGAUGAGAAUGUUCCACAAGAGACUGGUAUAUCAAUGGAAUCUUCGCAUAUCGCUAGAAGAGUUACAAGAGCAAAAAAAUCACGUGAAAUUACUGAAAUUGAUCAAGAAUUGCUUCAACCACUGACCAGUGGAUUGCUUACACAAGUAUCUGUACAUCCUUCAAAAAGAACCUUACGAAGCAAACUUGCUGUUGCAGAAACUACCGCUGAUGUACCUAAGAAAGCAAAAAAAGAACUGGUGACCAAAAAGGAAACAAGCCAAUGCAGCAAAACUGGUAGAUCAGCUGCAAGAAAGGUGCUUUCGAUCUCACCCCAAAUUGUUCAGCCAACAGGGCGCAUAACCAGAUCAAGAAAAUAGAAAAUCCCAAAUGCAAUCUUAUCCUAUACGUAUGUACAUUGCUGAAAUUAUAUAAUCGAUGAAUCAAUCGGUUUUCAGAUUUUUUUUUUUGUCCUUUUCAUUGGAGAAUAAUUGGUGAACUUGUUAUCUUGCAUAUUUUCUUUAGUAAGGUACUUAGGUAGCCAGUUAUUUGAGGAAAAUAAGAAUAUAUUCAUGCUAUGCUGGAGUUUUGAAAAGUAUGAAGUUUGAUUUAGAAAUUAGUAGGGAAGGGUUAAAUCUAAAGCUAAUAUCAUUUGAUGAGCAGUAUGUUGAUUGUGAAGAUGCAAAGUCCAAUUGCAUAAGCCUUUAUUUCUGCUUUUAAAUAUUUACAUCAAGUAUUGGAAUUGUAUUUAAAAAUUGCAUUUUAUACUUUCAAAUUUUGCAAAAAAAUUUUGGCAAUAAAUUUUAUACAUUAAAAAUUCA